ACGCAGAGGCGCACAACAUGGCGGCGGCAGCUACACAGGGCGGGAGAAGCGGUGGUCUCGGAGGCAAUAGUGGGGCUGGCGGUGGUUCCAACUGCGGGACAGGCAGUGGCCGUAGCGGCUUGUUGGAUAAGUGGAAGAUAGAUGAUAAGCCUGUAAAAAUUGACAAGUGGGAUGGAUCAGCUGUGAAAAACUCUUUGGAUGAUUCUGCCAAAAAGGUACUUCUGGAAAAAUACAAAUACGUGGAGAAUUUUGGUCUAAUUGAUGGUCGCCUCACCAUCUGUACAAUCUCCUGUUUCUUUGCCAUAGUGGCUUUGAUUUGGGAUUAUAGGCACCCCUUUCCAGAGUCGAAACUCGUUUUGGCUUUGUGCGUCAUGUCAUAUUUUGUGAUGAUGGGGAUUCUGACCAUUUAUACCUCAUAUAAGGAGAAGAGCAUCUUUCUCGUGGCCCACAGGAAAGAUCCUACAGGAAUGGAUCCUGAUGAUAUUUGGCAGCUGUCCUCCAGUCUUAAAAGGUUUGAUGACAAAUACACGUUGAAGCUGACCUUCAUCAGUGGGAGAACAAAGCAGCAGCGGGAAGCCGAGUUCACCAAGUCCAUUGCUAAGUUUUUUGACCACAGUGGGACACUGGUCAUGGAUGCAUAUGAGCCUGAAAUAUCCAGGCUCCAUGACAGUCUCGCCAUAGAAAGAAAAAUAAAAUAGCCAAUUCUAAAAGUA